UGGAGGGGUAGAGGAAGAGUGUUCCAGAGUUUCGGGGCGUAGUGGCUGAAAUUGCGGCCUCCAAUGGCGGUGCCGAGGGCCGAGGGACAUCCAGAUGAAUUUCCCCUCCUCACAACCAAGCGAGUGUUCUUCAAAGGAGUCUUGGAAGAGCUAUUGUGGUUUAUUAAGGGUUCUACGAAUUCUAAAGAGUUGUCCGAAAGGGGAGUAAAGAUUUGGGAUGCCAAUAGUUCUCGAGAUUUCCUGGACAAAUUGGGAUUUAUGUCCCGAGAGGAGGGUGAUCUGGGGCCUGUUUAUGGCUUCCAAUGGAGGCACUAUGGAGCUGACUACAAGGAUAUGCACUCAGAUUACACUGGACAGGGAGUGGAUCAGCUCCAGAAAGUAAUUGACACUAUCAAAAACAACCCAGAUGAUCGUCGGAUCAUAAUGUGUGCCUGGAACCCUAAAGAUGUUCCUAAGAUGGCUCUCCCUCCCUGCCACGCUCUCUGUCAGUUCUACGUACUAAAUGGGGAACUGUCCUGCCAACUGUAUCAGAGAUCAGGAGAUGUGGGGCUUGGCGUUCCAUUUAAUAUUGCCAGCUAUUCCUUACUGACGUAUAUGAUUGCCCAUGUCACAGGCCUGAAGCUUGGUGACUUUGUGCACACUUUUGGGGAUGCUCAUAUUUAUAAGAAUCAUGUUGAACAAUUAAAGAUUCAACUCCAGCGUGAGCCAAGACCAUUUCCCAAAUUAAAGAUCACUCGCAAGGUGGAGAACAUCGAUGACUUCAAGGCGGAAGAUUUCAAGUUAGAAGGUUAUCACCCACACCCAGCUAUUAAGAUGGAAAUGGCUCUGUAAUGUCUUCCUGGCUCUGCAAAUAGUUGAAGCACAGGAGUUUUUGGAUGUAGAUGUAACGCUCUAUUAUCUUCAAGUUUUGAAGAUAAUUGUCCACAAAAUGGAUCACUCCUAUUCAAGUGUGGGAGAGAUCUGCAGCCUGUGCACCUGCAAUGGAAUAACCUGUAAAAGAGUUAGCCGGGAUGGUUUUUCAAGGUGAAUAAGUGUGGGGGUUUGUUUUGAUAUAAAGCAGGAGUAUUUACAGUUGUACAAUACAUCAGUAUUUGCUGUUUUAAAGUCUUUGUAGGAUUGCUGCUUUGGGGCUUAUUUGCAAAUGUUAACAAUAAAGGUGUACUCUUUGGAACAAUA